AUGGUCACCCAGUCGACACCGCCUACCGAAUUGUACAGAGCGCUACAGAUAACAGCUGAUACUGUCAUACGCACUGCUUCCAUCUACCAAGGGCUUACAGCGAGAGCAGUCAACCAUGAGGCCUAUCGCUAUCAGCGGACAUUUCGUGGCUGUUUUGGUGUGGCUCCUCAUCUUGCGGCAGAACUGUGGAACAUGCUGGACGAUGAAGAUCCUCUGAGUGACAUUCGCUGGGUAUCCUACUUCCUGGCCACACUCAUGUUCCUCAGGACAUACACUGUCACAGCUGUAUUGGCCAUGAUCUUUAUGAAGGAUGAAAAGACGAUUCGGCACUGGGUGUGGGUGUUCAUUGAAAGAUCGCGAGCUUGGACUUUGUGA